ACCGAUCGUGGCCGAAGAGCCGCCGGUCGCCGAAGAACCUCCGAUAGCCCUCAACACGCUGCACGUUGGUCCGUUGCUACCGACGCACCAGGAAAGCACCUACAUGACGAUGUCCCGCCAGAACUCGGUCGAAGAUGAGGGCACGGAAUCGAGGGUGGAGACCGAAUCGGAUUCACCGGAUCAACCGACGGAACCGACAACACCGCCGGUCGAUAUCAUUUGCAUCGAGCACAAACCGGAAAGCCACUACAGCUACAUUCGACCGGCUGGUCUCAUGAGGACACCGUCGUCCUUCAAGUGUCCGGUCGAGAUGCGGCCAUCGUCACAAAGCAGCGCAACGUUGGAGAACGAAACCGAGCAAGCGAUACAGCAGACAUCUUUGGCGGGAGAAGAGGGCUACGAGCAGCACGAGCGGGACAAGCUGAGCUCGGAAUCGUCCGCCACCGAUACGACGUCCGGUAGCACCGGGACGAUAAAGAAACUGUAAAUAGCGAGACGACGACGGCGACGACGACGACGCUUGGAAGGAUCUUUGGGAGAAGAUUCCGCCCCUAGAGGGAGUGAAUUGUAUCGGGAAUUGUCCCGAGAUCCCGGGCACGAGCCAUCGGACAUUCAUCACGAGUUUGCGAGUAUUUAUUCAUUUGAAUCACACAACCACACACACACACAUACACAAAUGCGCACAAACAUUCACAAUCACUCUGCCAUGUUCUCGAGCAGAACUAUGCUGCUGCUGAUAUGCACAUCUCCCCCUCGUUCAAAGUACUUCAACCUUCCGUACAAUCAUUCACACACACACGCACACACACGACAGAUACACAAGAAGUGACAUCCACAGACCGACCACAAGGCUGCAGCAGAAGCAGCAGAGAACCCCGCUCCCCCACUGUGUGUGUGUGUGCUUCCGAAACAUGAAGACGGACGGAGAGGUGUUCCGGGUGCUAUGCUGAAGAGGAAGAUUCCAUUUAUUGAUUACAUUAAUCCAGAAAACUAACUCCACGUUCGCACGGCUCCGUCCGGCUCCCGGGUCCGGUGUCCGGCUUGCGGUCCGGACUCUCGGAGUCGUCUAUUUAUUUAUACUUAUUUUGUACAAAUAAAGUAACAACGGCAACGGCACGCAUUGUAGUAGGCAGCUAAGCAAAAUGGUUUGUCGGUGGGUGGCUAGCGUAAGAUUCAAUAAACAGUCUUUC